AAUUAAUGCAAUCCAAUGAUUCAACGAGAAGGAGACUGAAUUUGCGUUCUCUCGCAACUGAAGAGCCACAGAAAAUGCAAAAUAUGUAAGAGACAUCCCUUCUAUUUUCAGAUCAGCCAAUGGAUCUUUGGUCCUUAGUCAGUUUCGUCUUAAUUCUAAAGGGCUUACCUUCACCAAAAGUAUUAAAUCUCCUCCUACUCCAAUAGACAUUACUUACAUGGAAUCAAAACACUUCAAGGAUCUCAAAUUGGAAGAUUUUGAAAUUGUCUGUAAAUUAGGCUAAGGAAAUUAUGGUAGUGUUGAGAAAGUACUUCACAAACCCACUCAAGAUUAUUACGCAUUGAAAGUAUCUUCAUUAUAUCUUAACCCCACAUAGAAAAUACACUAUGUUAGCAAUGAUGUAUAGGAGUCUCUGUUGAAGAAAGAAUUAAAGGCCCUUAUUGAUUGCAAUUCCCAAUAUGUUGUCCAAUGUUACGGAGCAUUUUAUUCAAAGGGUGAAAUCUACAUAGUGAUGGAGUACAUGGAUAUGGGAUCUUUGCAGAUAAUCUUAGAAAAAACUAAGAAAAUCCCAGAAUCCAUAACUAUGUUGAUAAUCAAAGAAGUUCUUCAAGGCUUGGAUUACCUGCACACAAACAAACACAUCAUACACCGAGACAUCAAACCGCAUAAUAUACUGAUCAAUAAAAGGGGAGAGGUUAAAAUUGGUGAUUUUGGCAUUUGUUCUGUUAGUGAGAAUUCGGAUCAGAAAUUUGAUACAUUUAUUGGUACUAUUUAAUACAUGUCUCCUGAAAGAUUAAACGGAGAGGAAUAUGGUUAUGACUGUGAUAUUUGGAGUGUGGGCAUGAUGACUAUGCAAUGCAUCACAGGUCUCUUGCCAUUCGAAUUCGAUGCCAAAAAAAUGAGCAUGAUAGAAUACAUUUAAAUGAGCAAGAAUUUCAAAAUUGAUGAUUACUUUCAGCAACACAAACAUGCCAUAUCAGAAAACACCAUUCAUUUCAUAUCCAGAUGGUAUUUCCAUUGUUUUCAUUAUACUUUUCAUAGUCUCCAACAGGAACCAAAAGAUAGGAACAAAGCCUAAGAGUUGUUGUAAACCAAAGCGAUCAAGUACACGUCAUCUCUUAAAAUCGAUGUCUUUAAACAAUGGCUGCAAUUGUCUAUAGAGGAAAUUUGA